AUGGGAGAUGCCAAUGAUAGCGAUUUGCUCCGCGUGAGACGCUUUGAUGCCGCCAAAGAUGUUGAUGCCAUCAAACAAGUCUUUCGGCACAACAUUGCAGAGGAAUGGACCAAGUACCAUGACGCCAAGUAUCUACCCAACGCCAAAAGAUACAUUGAAACAGCAACCACGUCCCCGGAUAGUGACUUUAAUAACAUUGAACAAAUCUACUUUGAAAGUGGAGGUUUCUUUUGGGUCCUGGUAACAUCGAAGGAUGAGGUCGUCGGCAUGACAGGGUUGGAAGUCAACACAAAGGAACGAAAAGGCGAGCUUCGGAGAAUGUGCCUAUUCCCUUCCAUUCGUCGGAAAGGUUGGGGCACAAAACUGGGAAAGUUAGUAGAAGAAAAGGCAAAAGAAUUGGGACUGGAAACGGUCUUUUUGAGCACUCCGGAACAUGGAGACGAUGUCCUUCAAUUUUAUUCCAAGCUGGGCUUUUGUGACACCGGACAGAGGGCGCCAUUGCACGGUAGUCCUAUUCAAGAAGUGUUCUUGGAAUGGAAAGUCCAAUGA